CUAAAAUUUUUGGGUUCAAUAAUGAGCAGUUGCUAUAAUUGGGGAAGGUAAAGGUCUCUGAUAAGGCCCAUAAUAACACAGCCCACUGGCUUUUGAAGAUGGUAGAGAAUUACUGGUGGCAAGAGUGUGCACAUCAUGCGCAAGAUUGCCACUUUCUUCCAGCAUCAUCCCACCCCAACUGUAAAAAACAACCGUUGAGGUUGAGGUUGAGGUUGAGGUUGAGGUUGAUGGGAAUGGCCCUUGCCUUGUCCCCGUUCCACUUCAAUACCCGCUGCUCCUCCUCUUCCCCUUCUUUACCUACUGGCCACUCCAUUUCGACCACCGUCCGCCCUGCUGUCAUUCUUCCGGGUUUAGGGAACAAUACAGGGGACUAUCAGAAGUUGGAGGCGACACUGAACGAGUAUGGGGUGCCCACAGUUGUUGCUAAGGUUUCAAGAUUUGAUUGGUUUAGAAAUGCUGCCGGUUUGCUGGAUCCCAACUACUGGAGUGGCACUCUCAGGCCUCGGCCGGUUCUUGAUUGGUAUUUGAAGAGGAUAGAUGAGGCUGUCCGUGAGGCAAAGGUGCUGGCGGAAGGUGGGACUUUAUCCUUGAUUGGUCACUCAGCAGGAGGAUGGCUUGCACGUGUAUACAUGGAAGAAUUUGAGUUGUCUGAUAUCUCCUUGUUAUUGACCCUUGGUACUCCCCACUUGCCACCUCCAAAAGGAGUUCCAGGGGUUAUUGAUCAAACUAGAGGUCUCCUUGAUUAUGUUGAAAAAAAUUGUGCAAAGGCUGUUUAUACUCCUCAUUUGAAAUAUAUAUGUAUCGCUGGGAGGUAUAUUCAAGGGGCUCGCUUCGUUGGGAAUUCAAGUGCUGAAGUCAGUUCUGUGGUUCCCAUGGGCAGUGAUCAACCAAAUGCAGAGGCUGCUCUUAUGAAUGACAUGAGCACUUCUACGUCUACAGCAACCAACUUUCGCGCCCGCUUUGUUGGGCAAGGGUAUAAGCAGGUAUGUGGACAGGCAAAUGUAUGGGGUGAUGGAGUGGUGCCAGAGGUAUCAGCCCAUCUCGAAGGUGCACUAAACAUUAGCUUGGAUGGAGUGUAUCACUCGCCGGUUGGUUCAGAUGAUGAGCUGAGACCAUGGUAUGGUUCUCCUGCUGUUGUAGAGCAAUGGAUUCACCAUCUCCUCAACUAAAGUAGUUGGGCAUACUAGAAUGGGAAGUUUGUAAAUUCAUCAGCAAACUCGUUGCAUACAAGUUCAUUUGACAUCUAGUCGAUCGAAACCAUUUAUGAGCCUCCCCACCUCUACCCCUUCCCACCCUUUAUUGUUUUAGAAGCUUGGUAGUUUACAUCAAUGUAGUUUUUUUCAUGGAUUUUCCAUCAUGCUGAUUUAUCUUCAACAAAUAACAAUAAUACCAAUAGGAGAAUGUUGUCUUUCAA